UCGAAUCGGUCGGUGAUCGGUCGACUUCCCCGGAUAUCUCCGAAACUCGGGCUGCUCCGAUUGCAAUUGCAGAGGCCGCAUGUCGGGCGCGGGAGCAGAUGCAUGGAAGGGACGUGCCGCGUACCCUCCUCGGCGAGCCAACACGUACGCACGCCAUGCGGCGGUGCCGGUUCCAUCCACUCGUCAUCAUCCUCCUCCAUGCAUGCAACACCUACCUCGUCUUCUCAGCUCUCUCUCUCUCCCUUGCUUAUAAAGGGACCUCGGAUCCUUCCUUCUUCGUGCCCCACGCACUUCUGCAAAGCCCUCGGUGUAUUUUGAACUCGGGAAACGAAGUAGUUCUUCGGCCGUAAGAAGAAACCCGCCAUGUCCGACCUGACCGGAACUCGGGCCGGCGCCGGCGCCUGUAACGACAGGUGCGGCUGCCCUUUCCCUUGCCCCGGCGGCACCUCAUGCAGGUGCGCCACCACGGGCGCGGAAGCCGGAGGAGGAAUGGACCACAAGAAGUGCUCGUGCGGGGACCACUGCGGGUGCAACCCCUGCAGCUGCGGGUCGGCGGCCACCGUCGGGACGGGGCGGGCCAACUGCCGGUGCGGACCCGGCUGCACGUGCGUCACCUGCGCCACUUGAACGACAGGAAGGCGGCGAUGACGCUCCCGGUUGCGUCGGGCCAUGGACAGUGUGGUGCAGUAGCGUGGAUCUCUCGAUGUUGUCUCCUCUUUUCUUUUUACGGGUUUCGCCUUGUAACAUGGUAAUGAAAGCAGUGGUAGUUGGUGCUACAUCUUUUUGAUAAAGAAGAUGAGGGA